AUGGGCACACUUAAUAGUUCUCAUCUGUAUUCUGACAUUGUAGAAGGAGCAACACACAGUGAGCACCGAGCCCUCAUGUCUGAACUCAAGAUCCUCAUCCACAUUGGCCACCAUCUCAAUGUGGUGAACCUCCUAGGCGCCUGCACCAAGCCGGGAGGGCCCCUCAUGGUGAUUGUGGAAUUCUGCAAGUUUGGAAACCUAUCUACUUACUUACGGGGCAAGAGAAAUGAAUUUGUUCCUUAUAAGAGCAAAGGGGCACGCUUCCGCCCAGGGAAAGACUACGUUGGGGAGCUCUCUGUGGAUCUGAAACGGCGCUUGGACAGCAUCACCAGUAGCCAGAGCUCUGCCAGCUCAGGCUUUGUUGAGGAGAAAUCACUCAGUGACGUAGAGGAAGAAGAAGCUUCUGAAGAACUGUACAAGGACUUCCUGACCUUGGAGCAUCUCAUCUGUUACAGCUUCCAAGUGGCUAAGGGCAUGGAGUUCUUGGCAUCCAGAAAGUGUAUCCACAGGGACCUGGCAGCACGAAACAUUCUCCUAUCGGAGAAGAAUGUGGUUAAGAUUUGUGACUUCGGCUUGGCCCGGGACAUUUACAAAGACCCAGAUUAUGUGAGAAAAGGAGAUGCCCGACUCCCUUUGAAGUGGAUGGCCCCGGAAACAAUUUUUGACAGAGUAUACACAAUUCAGAGCGACGUGUGGUCUUUUGGUGUUUUGCUCUGGGAAAUAUUUUCCUUAGGUGCUUCCCCAUAUCCCGGGGUCAAGAUUGAUGAAGAAUUUUGUAGGAGAUUGAAAGAAGGAACUAGAAUGCGGGCUCCUGACUACACCACCCCAGAAAUGUACCAGACCAUGCUGGACUGCUGGCAUGAGGACCCCAACCAGAGACCCUCAUUUUCAGAGUUGGUGGAACAUUUGGGAAAUCUCCUCCAAGCAAAUGCUCAGCAGGAUGGCAAAGACUAUAUUGUUCUUCCAAUGUCAGAGACACUGAGCAUGGAAGAGGAUUCUGGACUCUCCCUGCCUACCUCACCUGUUUCCUGCAUGGAGGAAGAGGAAGUGUGUGACCCCAAAUUCCAUUAUGACAACACAGCAGGAAUCAGUCACUAUCUGCAGAACAGUAAGAGAAAGAGCCGGCCAGUAAGUGUAAAAACAUUUGAAGAUAUCCCAUUGGAGGAACCAGAAGUAAAAGUGAUCCCAGAUGACAGCCAGACAGACAGUGGGAUGGUCCUUGCCUCAGAAGAGCUGAAAACUCUGGAAGACAGGAACAAAUUAUCUCCAUCUUUUGGUGGAAUGAUGCCCAGUAAAAGCAGGGAGUCUGUGGCCUCGGAAGGCUCCAACCAGACCAGUGGCUACCAGUCUGGGUAUCAUUCAGAUGACACAGACACCACCGUGUACUCCAGCGACGAGGCAGGACGUUUAAAGAUGGUGGAUACAGUGCAUGCUGACUCUGGGACUACAUUGCUCACCUCCUGUUUAAAAGGAAGGGGCCCUGUCCUGUCCCUGCCCCUGAUUCCUGGAAAUCACACGAGAGGUGCUGCUUAGAUUUUCAAGUGUUGUUCUUUCCACCACCCGGAAGUAGCCACAUUUGAUUUUCAUUUCAGAAGAGGGACCUCAGACUGCAAGGAGCUUGUCCUCAGGGCAUUUCCAGAGAAGAUGCCCAUGACCCAAGAAUGUGUUGACUGUACUCUUUUUCAUUCAUUUAAAAAUCCUAUAUGCUGUGCCCUGCUGCGGGUCUCACACCGGUUAAAACAAAAGACUUGGAAGAGUGACUCUAUCCUCCAAGAAGUAGCCAUACCCAGGCAACCGACACCUCUGUGAAACUGGAUGAAGUGGGCAAUGUUAGUGCUUUGUGUGUUAAGGAUGGGUGAGAUGUCCCAGGGCUGAGACUACCUAGACGGCUUUGUGGAGGAUGUAGGCUAUGAGCCAAGAGUUAAGUGUGGGAUGUGGACUGGUAGGAAGGAAGGCGCAAGCUCGCUCGGAGAGCGGUUGGAGCCUGCAGAUGCAUUGUGCUGGCUCUGGUGGAGGUGGGCAUGUGGCUUGUCAGGAAAUGCAAAGGCGGCCGGCAGGGUUUGGUUUUGGAAGGUUGCGUGCUCUUCACAGUUGGGCUACAGGCGAGUUCCCUGUGCUGUUUCCUACUCCUAAUGAGAGUUCCUUCCGGACUCUUACGUGUCUCCUGGCCUAGCCCCAGGAAGGAAAUGAUGCAGCUUGCUCCUCAUCUCCCAGGCUGUGCCUUAAUUCAGAACACCAAAAGAGAGGAACUUCGGCAGAGGCUCCUGUCAUGCUGAAGAACUGUGAGAGUAGAACAGAAACUCAGGGUUUCUGCUGGGUGGAUACCCACAUGUCUGCCCUGGUGGCAGUGUCUGAGGGUUCUCUGUCAACUGGUGGCGGUAAAGGCUCUGACAGGAUGUACCCAUUUGUUCCUCCUGUCUCACCCCCAAGUCCUCAGUAUUUUAGCCUUGUGCCCUCGUGAUGGCAGAAAAUCUUAAUUGGUUGGUUCGCUCUCCAGAUAAUCACUAGCCAGAUUUUGAAAUCACUUUAUAGCCAAGGUUAUGAUAACAUCUACUGUAUCAUUUAGAAUUUUAACAUAUAAAGCUAUGUCUACUGGUUUUUGCCUGUGUGCUAAUGUUUUUCAGAAGAGAAUCUGUACUUUUCAUUUGGUACCAUAGUGUGAAAAGCUGGGAACAAUGACUGUUAAACAUGCUAUGGCACAUAUAUUUAUAGUCUGUUAUGUAGAACAAAUGUAAUAUAUUAAAACUUUAUAUUAUAUAUAAUGAACUUUGUACUACCCACAUUUUGUAUCAGUAUUAUGUAGCACGACAGAGAUUAUAAUGCUGUCAGCAGCUGGUGUUGUUUUAUUCAAAACUUUGGGAAACUCGAAGGAAUCUUUUCGUGAAGAUGUGCAGCUAUACCUACCGUCUCCCUCAUCUCAAACGGAGGAGGAGUCGGAGUCAGAUAUAAUGUGAGUGGGCUCUACUUUUCCUGUUCUCUGUUCUUAGGAGGAAUAUUUUCAUCAAAUGUUUAUAUGCUUUAUAACCCAAUAAAUGUAUUCCGAGGAAAGAGAUACAGUGCUAUCAUGUUA